GCGCUCCCUGGCCGCGGCUGAAGGGCACAGGAAAAAAACAGGAAUAGGGCGAAAAUACGAAGCUUUAAUCGAGUAUGUCUGGAGCCCAGGGAGUCUUGACCCCCUCCUGCACCUAUUUCAAGGCUCAAACUCGGGAAUUAAUGAGUGUAAAAUGUGAUAUUUCGGCGCUUUCUCUCCAUUACCUUAUAUGGCAGGGCAGAGAUAUAUCGUGCCUGUAUUCAAUAGGCUGGCCGCUGCCGCUCUGCUUGGAGGCUUCGUUUUAACCCUUGUGCUGCUGAAUUAUUUUUGGAGCGCGGGCAACCGUCGGUGUUUUGGCUUCUUUAACUGUUUCUUUGCGCUAUUAAUGCGGUACUUUCAAACGAAUUGCACCGUUUUGAUGACAGUCGUGUGCACAAAUCACAAUUCACGCACAUAAACAGGUAUUUUCACGCACGGACGCGCGGUUUUUCUCUCAUGUUUCUAAUUAAGUCCCCAUAAAUUAGGCCAGUUAAUGCGGGUGACAUUUACAGCACAGAGAACAUACUCACUGGCGACGUGGUAUAUGUUGCUGGAUUUAAAUUGUCACGUUGCUUGAUAGACGUGCUCCUAAUAGUACAACCACUCACAGGCUGUUAUAAUGAUUUUAGAGGGCAGCAAGCUGACAGCUCUGGCAGCGAUUGCUACCAUUAUAAAGUUGCCACAGGUAGACUGAGGGGUGCACAGUAACCCUCUGCUAUGUGGCAGUUGAGCCCAGAGGACAUGGCACUUGUUUGACGAUCACAGAGUGUGUGACCUAUAUUUGCACGGCGCUGUUAGCAGAUCGAACUGUGAGCCUCCGUCUGCUCAUCUACAACUGUGCUGCUUUUAGGGCAUCGGAAAUAAAAAAGGGAACUUGUUUUUCAUCAGUGUGUCAGCCUCAGUUACAGUGAUAAAGAGAAGCUUUGGUGGUGCAGGACUGUCACUUUUAACGCCCUUUGUUAAGCCUGCUGUGAUACUUCUUCUGAUAAAACUGUUGUGACCGCUGUGGAGGCAGCUUUUGAAGAAAGGUGCAACGCUGACAAAACUGGGAAUUUCAGCUCCCUAAGAUAUCCCUCCUGCAGUCCAGCACUCACGGGAUAAACCCCAACCUCUGUGCAAGGUCUCCACCUCCCCCCCUCCCCUCUUUGACGUCAUGCACCGAGCUGGAGCUAUUGCACGGAAAGAGCUGCUCGCAGCCGCACUACUGUGAAUAUCUCUAUGCUCAUUGCCAGGACUGUCGAGUGUGCAAAGGAGGGAGAGAGAGAGAGAGACAGAGAGAGAGGGAGAGAGACAGAGAGAGCGAGGAGGAGAGGUGGAGGGAAUACAGUUGGGUUUGGAUACAACUGGAAAACUACCAAGCGCGCACAGCACGCACCGAGCGGAAGGCACAUCGACGGUGCGUAGCCAACAUUUCACCUACUCCCCGUCCGCUGCGAUCGGAUCCAGGCGAGAAUGGAGCUCCCUGCCGCCGGAGAGCACGUCUUUGCGGUGGAGGGCAUCGAAAAGAAGCGCAUCCGCAAGGGCAAAAUAGAGUACCUGGUCAAGUGGCGAGGCUGGUCUCCCAAAUACAACACAUGGGAACCAGAGGAAAACAUCCUUGACCCGCGCCUCCUCGUCGCGUUUCAACACAGAGAGAGACAGGAGCAGCUGAUGGGAUAUCGCAAACGUGGACCAAAACCAAAACAUCUUUUACUGCAGGUUCCCUCAUUUGCCCGGAGAUCCAGUAUCCCAGCAGGUUUUGAGGAGACAUGUCAGGAUGCAGAAGGUGGCCUCAAGUCGGAUCCUGUCCAAGUCCAGCGCUCCCAGCCUCAGCAGUAUCAGCUGAACAGCAAGAAGCACCAUCAGUACCAGCCCAGCAGCCAGGAGGUUCCUGCUGACCAGCUAACCAACGGCAAAAAGAAGUUCAUCUACCAGCUAAACAGCAAGAAGCACCACCACUACGAGCCUGACCCGAAUAUGUUUGACACACAGGCCUCCAGGCUCAAAGAGGUGGUCAAAGUUCAGGAAUCAGCCUGUAAACCAGCAAAUCCUGGCUGGAACUUACCACUGGCACUGCAGCAGAAAUGGGUUCGUGACAAAGACACAGGAUGCUUGAGCAAAGUCAAAGAGUUGGCAGUGGAGGUGAGGAAACCAGCUGUUAAAGAGGCUGAGAGCGAACAUGCCCUUAAACCCAAUCCUAAAGACGCAACACUGCCUAGCGCUAUUAGCAGCAAAAUGAAGAUAAUCAAGAACAAAAACAAGAACGGACGCAUUGUCAUUGUCAUGAGCAAAUAUAUGGAUAGUAACAAGGUUCAUGGAGCGAAGGGUAAACACGGGGAAUCAUCAAGUGAAGACAAACCGCAAAACACCAAACCAUCAGAGAACAAUCCAGCACACAGAACCAAAAUGGCGGAGCACCCGGAGAAUGGUAUCCCCAAAGAGAUCUGUAACGGCAGCUCGCUUCCUGCCGCAGAACAUCCUAUAAAGUGUUCCCCAAAGGACAGACAUUUCUCCAAACCAUCGCCAAGCACAGCAGAGGAAUACAACACUGAGGUAGCUCGGGGUCAGGCUGAUUUGCCGGAUGAUCUCCCGCUACAGCUGACUGCUAGCUCACCCCUGAUGUCCUGGGCUGUUGACACCAACAUCCCAACCCCUACAGCCGUCGACCAGAUCAGGAUCCCUUCCUUUCCCAACGACCGCAAGCGCAAGCUCUCAGAUCCAGUGGAGGAUAGGAGUGUUUCUAAAACCUACCUGACCUCCAGAAGCUUCAGUGUGCCCAGCACAGUCGUCACGCCACCUCAGGACAAACCCAUGGACCUCCAGUGUAGUGGCCGGCGCGCCAGCAGUGCAUGCACCUAUGAGGUUAUGGACCCCGGUAGCCAAGAAGAGCCGAUGGAUCUGAGCUGCCCAAAGACUAAGAGGCAAGUGGAGCCAGAAAUACAGCCAGAGCCAGAGCCAGCACCAGAGCCUGAGCCUGCUGUCAGAGAUACUCCUCCCAUUACAGAGGACACACAGAAAUCAACAGAGAAAUCUAAAGAAGCACCUGUUAAAAAAAUCUCCCCUUUUAUGGGAAAUAUCAUCAUCACUGAUAUCACAACAAACAGUCUCACCGUCACCUUCAAGGAAUAUGUUUCUUUCUAAGGAACUCUUUGUAAAAAAAAUGGGACUACCAGUGACCAAUUGGAUGAUCCUGUCAAUAUGUGCAUAUGUAAAAAUAUCAGAAUUUUGUAUAUACGGAAAUUUAUAAUUUAUCAUUCAAAUUCAAUAUGUUUCUUAUAAUGUUUUAUACUGUAACUCCUCUGUGACGUUGUAGCCAAGAAAGUGCCCUCGAGGAUUUGAGUGAAUGCAUUCAUGUGGAUGUAUUCCACACACACACAAAAAAAAAAAAAAUCAGUUUAUUUGUCAUAUGGAGCUUAAUGGGAUACUUUUUGCUGUUGUUUCAUACCUGUACCAAACUUAUAACCUGAGAUGUAUGAAGGUUUAUACGUAUUUUGUAUGAAUAAUAUCUCUUAUUUUGGUCCUGAUAGAAGGUAGAGAGAAACUUGUUGACUCUAUGGUGAUCUAAGAUCAAAUUGAAAGCACUUACAUUUUUAUAUGUUAAUUUGUGUCAUGUACCUUCGUUAAUGGAGAUGGUCUCUUUAAGUCUUAUUUCAAUUUUUUUUUUUUUUUUUUUUACUCCAGACAUGUACACUCAGUCUGACUUGGAAUAUUUUGUUACAUGCUUUGUUUAUGGAGAAAAAUAAUGAUGCAAAUUUAAAAAGCAGGUGUGUCUGAACAGAGUGUAAACACAGUAGUGACAACUGUGGGAUGCGUUAUGCUAUGUCAAAAACCUUUAAGCAACGUCUCAGCUUUUUAUGUUGUCUUUGGGGUUUUUUUUCUCACCGUUGAGAUGCAGAAAAAGUCAUCAGUGGAUCUGACAUUACAAUCCAGUCUGUUACGAUACUGCACACUUCCUCUUAAGCAAACAUUUGUGGAACAAAAUCUGACAUGUAUUUUCUCAAAGGUCAGACCCAUUAAGAAAAUGAUGUCAUUUAUCAAACAUGUGACUUCCCGUGUAGAUGACGUAUUGAUUAUUACCAUAAUAAGGUUGUGAUUUAUUACCUUGUUGACCUCACAUAUUGCUGGACUUACUUUAAAAUAUCUGCUAGUCUUGUUAGGAUUCUCCUAAUGUUACACAGAUUAACGAUAUUCAUCUCAUUUUGCUAUGGAACCUCAUCAUGUGGUCUGAAGAAUACACAUGACUGCUAUGUUUUAGAAGAAGCUGCCAGAGUCAUUGACGAGUAUGUUAUAGUUACAGAUUCAAUGUGAGUUGCUGUUACAUGCAAUCCAGUGAGUGCAAGCUGUUUUGAUUAUGCUGCUGAAAAUUCAAAUGUCAAAGCUGUUGGCUGUAACCUACAUUUGAGUCCAAAUUGCCUUCUACGCACAGUAAAUGCAAAACCAGUAAGAAUGCUAAAGUGCAAGAAUAAUAAAAUAUGAAGAGUGCAUAUUUAUUGACAUUUAAUUUGUUUUUCAAAACCAUUACAAGAUGUUCUCUGUAUCCGAAGCUACAAGUGAUUCCAUAGAACAGGUUGUCCUCUACUUUUUGUUUUCGUCUCUUUUGCUAACUCUCUCUCUUGCACUUGGUUCGAAGUCAAAAUGAUUGUUAGAAAGUAUGUUCUACCAGGAGCUGGUUGACUUAUUUCUGUUGGCACAGCGUAUUGGAUGGUAUGUUUCACAAUAAAGAAAGAGAUUUGACCUCUGA